AACAGACCACACUGGAUCAGCUUGUUAGGUGAAGUAAAAUGCAAGAUACCUGCUAGAGUCGUAAAAAGAAGACGUAUUGUUAAAGUGUCGUUAGAGCUAACGUGAAAAGUUGGGCAACAACAUUCUGUAACCGAGUAGUCAAAAUCCAAUCAGCUUUAAGACGAUAUUGGAAGGCACGAGGCUCAAACAGAGCUCCCACAGUAGUAGGAGGCAAUAGUAGUAGGUUGGAUCUGGAAAUUGUGGGUUUAGCGUGUAAAAAACACAAGCCUUUAUUAAUCACCGCGCUCAAAAUGAAAGCGCGCCAACAGUAAGAGGAUUUAAACAUCCACUGAUUGAGAAGCAAUUUGGUGUGUGUGGCAAACCAUAUAAAAAGUACAUGAAAACACUUGUUUUAUUUUGAGUAUUGUGUACUGUUAGUAUCGUUAAGCUAAACAAAGCUGACCAUAGCUUGAUGAUGUUGAUCGAAUUUACCAAAAACCUUUGAUGAAUACAUUUUCUUACUGAGUUUCGUAUUAAUCUCACACUAGAUUCCCUUCUGAAUAUGAAUACCCGAAGAUAACUAUGAACAACUUCUAGUGUCGGUUCAACUAGAGCUUUUCUAACUGACUACAGUUGAUGAAAAUUGUUCCCCUUAUUAUAAUACCCAGCAUGUCUUUCGAUAAUCAAUGUAUGCGCUACGUAUAUGUAACUGUUGUUUCGUUUUGUUUGAUUGGCGCUAGGAUUGUAUCGCUUACAAUUAAGGUGGAACACGUUAUAUAUGCAUACGUUUCUUACUAGUAUAUUGUUAUUCAAAGCUUUUCGCCGACGAGCAUUCGUUCGCUAGAGUAUUCGUUAAGGAUAUGAUUGAAAAAGUGGUUAAUGUGAGCAAUGCUGUUGGACGACGAUAUGGAAAUGGAUAUCAAUAACAGAAUGGUCCACAGUAGUAACAUAAAGGAUAGUUCCGAAGCAUUCAGAUGGUGUGCAGUGUGAUGCAUUAUCACUAGAUACAUUGUACUGAGUUGAAGCACGUUAACGGUAGGAGGGUGUAGGGUGGGUGGGGGUACAAAUGUAGCAAUAGUCAAGUUGAUACAUGCAUAUAAAGCAAACUAUAUACAUACACAAACCAAGAUGAAAGCAUGCAAGGGUCUGUUGCUCGUUGCUCGAUCUAGAGAAUGAUUCGUUGAUUAUAAAUUGAGAAAUAAAAGGAAAAAAAAAACGUUUGAGGAGCUGUCCACAGAAUUGCAAACAAAACGUGGCACAAAGCAAUUUGCAUGUGUCAAUGGAUAAUAUUAUGUUUUAUCUUUAACAUGUGUUACGCCUAAUGUUAAUACGGAUUAUAAAUCAUGUAGACAAUGACGUUGAGUUGUCUGAACAUCAUCACCCUCGAUUGAAUUGUUGCCAUCUCUCUAAACAAACGUUUGUGAAAUGAUUUUUGCAAAGUUAGCAAUGACAUUCCCUAAAACCAAAGGAUAACCCUUAAUCAUCAUGUUUCGUUUUGGUGUUUCUAAAGCAGGUCUCUCACGAUUGUUGUGCCAACAAUUCUUGGUGAAAGAUGUUUCGCAAAAAGUGUUACGGUGUCGAAAAAGAGAACCUUACUAAGAACAAUCAUUGCAUAAAAAAACACACUCAAUGAACAAGAACAGUUUAUUCGCAACAAUUAAGCAAAAUACAACCAAAUCUUCAGGGCUUACAGAGAGAGAACAUUAAUGAGCACAUUGUAAAGGAAAUAAAUUAAAUGUUACAUGAAACGAAAAACUUUAAACUGCGCUGCUGUUACGAUCGACGAAUGACAAAAAAAAACAAAAUAGAAUUUCUUGGCGACAAAAAAAAAUGGAAAAGAAAGACAAAACGACAAAUCAACUCCUGUAUUACGCGCCCAGGGCAAGAAUAUGAGAUCAAAGUAGGCAUGUUUAAGUAGAAAGAUGCAAAGCUAAUCGCAGAAAGACGAACCAAGCAAACACCAAUUGAUUGUUUUGUAUUCGAGAAUACCAAAAGGCAUGUGCCGGAGGCAACAAGUGAAGAUGGUCGUACUUAACACUGGUUCCCAGCAGGGGCAAGUGGCAGCAGAAUGGGUAAAACUGAGCAACAAAUUUGGGACACCUGUUGAGAGAAACCGAAGGCGCGUUUCAGAUAGUAGCUAGUAUUCUUGAUGCAUGCGCGUUACGAUGAAGUUUUUGGAUUUAAGUGUGCUAGUCCCGGAUCUAAUCACAUCAAUCACAUAGCGAGCACAUUGAGCAUUUUAUAAGGUGCACUUCCAUGCCAAGAACAAUGGGGAUGUUGUGAAUGUGUGCUAUCCACGGUUAGGCUAAAUUCGAUACGAUUAUAGGGUUACACAUUUUACGCCGAUUCAUGUACAUACUAAGACGCGAUUGUUCCGGGUUUGUUUGGUGCGUCGUGUGCGUAUCAACCCAGCGAAUGAAUGCUCCCAAGCUGUUUGCAACAUAGUAGUGUAUAGGAGAGAAGAACGGGCAUUGGCGGCAUGAGAAAAGGCUCUUACUUAGCAGAAGACUAGUGCUUUGCAAGAAGAAGGCUCCAGACGCGUUAACAUUGAGGCGCCAAGUAGAAUCUGUUGUACCUACGCAGAGGACACAGCCAUUUUACGGACGACACCUCGAUAGAGGGAUGGAAAAUAAAAAAUUUGGUUAAUUGGACUGGAUAA